GUUGUCUGUUUUGAAAUUUGAAUUUCAAACGGGAACUGGCGGAUUUGUUGUGAUUGUUGUGGAAAUUGAUUGAAAAAUAAAUAAAAACGUCUCUUUUCUUUCCGUAAUUUGUUUAAUUUCAUAAUUGUCUUCGAAAAUGAAUCCUAAUAGAUAUAUUCCUGGCCAAUCCAGUGCUCUACGGAAGUCGAGGCUUGAAGGAAAAGUGUCGUUACUACCUAAACCGCGUCGACCUGGGUCUACGGACCGAUUAUCGACGGAAGCUCGGCGGCCUAGUACUGCAGGACAUCGGUCCAGCAGUGCGGAGCCCGCGCGAGGAACAUUUGGAGCCGGUAGACUUAGCAGAGAGGCUUCUGCUACCAAAUUACCUUUGAAUGGAAGAUCCCGAUCUCAGCAGGCUGAUAGAUUUGGCCAGUCUUCCAUGACGCCUCUAAGGUCCAGCCACUAUGCAGCCAGACCUACCACAACACCGGUUAGAACACCAUCAGAAGACCGAGCUAGCAGAAACUGGCAAACUUCCCUAGACAGAGCUUUGGCUUUUGUUACCAUCAAAGAUCAGAGGCCUAUCUCAGCAGUAGCGUGGCAGCGCGCGGAGUGCAGCCGCGUGGGGGACGCGCUGUCGGCCCGGGGCGGCGGCGCGGCGCCCGCCAUGGCGCUCAUACGACCGCUCACCAUCGCACGCUUUGUGGACAUCGCCUCCGCAUUGCUCUCGGCCAUCACCAGGGACACUAAGCUCAAUACUGAUAAUUAUGUUACCAAGCUCCCACAUCUAUCGAAGCGCCUCCUGUACCCGGGCACAGUCUCCAAGUCCUGGCUGAAGACAGUGAACACUCUCCAUGCAUUUCCACACGCCUUGGCGCUGAUUGCAUACUUAUUGGAUCUUGUUAACCAUAUUGAAAUGCCAAUAUCUGAUGACACACUGUAUGUUGGAAAAGAUGAGUUUGCCUGUCUUCGUAGAGACUACUUGUACAAAUGCUGGAUCAGGUUCCAAGAACCAGGUCAUCAGUUUGCUGACUUAGAUGAGGAGUACUUGCAGAAUCUGAAGAUCCUGCUUGGCAAUGAUGAGGAAAAGAUUGCAGAGCUAAAACAAAUAAUUAAAAAGUACGAGACAUGUCUAGAAGAUGAAGUAGAGGCAGCAGCUCGUGCAGACGAAGCGAGGCGAGCGGAGCGCCGUGAGGCCUUACUCGGAGGCCUGCGGGCACUGAAGGGGGCGCGCCGAGCCAACCGCGCCGACUACGACGCUCAGUCCACGCUCAAAACUGAUUACGUGGAUGUUAUCAAACAACUUGACUCUGAGAUUGAGAGAGCUACUGCUGAGAGUCAGCAGCUGAAGCAGGAGUUGGAGUCCCAGCCCCUGAGUGUGGAGCAGCGCACCAAGUUGUUGGAUGAAGUGGACUACGCACUGAGAGUACAAGACUCCAAGCGGUCACUUGCUGAGCAGAUUGGAAAGAUGGUCCUCACCAAAGAAACAGAGCUAGCUCUGUGGCAGAAGAAGACGUUGGACAGCUGUGUGGAGUACAAACAAGGACUCAUUCAUCUAUCUGCACAGUUCCCUGAUCUCGUGUCAUUGGCUAUUGAUGAAAAAGAGUUGAUGAGUGCGGAGUGCGCGGUGCGAGUGAGCUGUGGGCUGGAGGCGCUGAAGGUACUGGCGACCAGUCUCGCGCAGCGCAGGCACCAUCACGCCCGGGAGAAAACUGCACUCGCCAGGAAACGGGCCGCUUUAUUGGACGAAACUCGAGCCAAAAUCCGUGAGAUGAAGACAACAGUGCAGCGCGAACAGGACAUGUUGGACAGUGAGACCAGUAAGGAGGCGGACGACGUCGCCGCCACCGCCGCAGAGCUGCGCGAGCUCAACGCCAGGAUGGAGGAACUCAAGCUGCAGCAGGAAGAGUAUACUAGAACUGAGAACGAACUGCAGUUCUGGGAACAACAGAAUGAUGCUUGGCGCAGCAGACUAACAGCUUUACAAGAGUACAUCGAGGCGCAGCGCGCUGAGGCCAAGCGAGUGUUGGACGCCGCGCGAGAGAAGAGGAUCAAACUUGUUGUCAACAGCAUACAGCAGUGGAAUGAGAAACUGGCACAGUGAAAUAACAAAUAUUAAGUUUUAACUAGAAUAGUAUCGUAAGCCAAUAGCUGCAUGAAGUUAUAUAGGAGUACUAGCUUCUACCGGCUGCUUUGCCUGCGUUCCCAUGGGAUAAAAGGUCCCUGUCUGUAUACCAAAUUUCAUCAAAAUUCGUUCAGUAGUUUCAGCGUGAUUGAUGGAAAAACAUCCAAACAAACUUUCACAUUUAUAAUAUUAGUGUGAUAAGGUACCUUGACUUUAGUUAACUUCAUAAUUAUGACCUAUUGUUGGUAAUUCAGACCUCUCUGGAAGAGGAUUCUUACUGAAAUAUAAAUUCUCAAUGAAAAAUGAUGAAUUAUCCAAAAUUAAAAUGCAGUGCAUAUAAACAUUUGUAAAUAAUUAUAAUAACAUUGUUUAAAUUAGUUAUAGAAUAAUUAAUUGUGAGGCAGAAUAUGUAAUAAAUAAAAUAA